ACGAGUGCCUCCAUACAAAAAAAGAAAGAAACUUAUCAGGAACCAAGAGUUACUAACUAACCAAAACAGAGAGGAUUUACAACAUACAAGAUGCCUAAUUGUAUAGUAAUAACUGCUAUAGUUUGUGUGUUGAUCACAACAGUUGCUACAAUUGUGUCAUUUUCACUCCCGAACUGGUUACAUUUCCGAAAUCUCGGAGACGCUCUGUGUGGAUGCUCGUCAAAGGAUUGCCAUUGUGGUCUGUGGAUAAACUGCAGGGGAGGAUUUGAUGCCAGUUCGUCGUUAGCUAAUUGUGAAUGGUUCUUCUCCGACGAUUUCCACAUCGAAAAAAGUCUUCCAGAUUGGUUCAAGGCGGUUCAGGGUCUGAUGUCAUGUGCUGUAGCCAGUUCAAUGUUGUCUCUACUGAUUGGCCUCUUUUCACUUUGCUGGACAUGUAAAGGCUGCAACCCACACCAGGCAACUGGCGCCUUUGCUAAUCUCACCUUCCUGUUGCUUGCUGUUGCUGUGUGUGUGUUCGGAACCAAAGCUUACCUAGACAAACAAGCUAUUGUGAUGCCGUCCCAGACCAGUAGCAACGAAAUGCUGUUAUUUGGUUGGAGUUUCUGGGUGGCUGUUGGAGCCACAGGAAUGGCGCUAAUUUCUAGCAUAUUGUACUUCUGUGUCGGUCGUAGUGACGAUACAUAUUAACUUCUUUAAAUGAUAAUCAUAACACUGGACAGGUGUUUGCCUGCUUUUCCUUGUCAAUCACUUUCCUUGACUUUGCCAAAUAUGAUUACUGUUUGUUAAGGUAAUUUCCCCGUUUUUUUUGGUUAAAUUUGACAGACCAGUACAUGUUUAAGUGGUAACAUUGUUAAGAAAAUGACUGUCUCUAUUAUUUUCUUUUUCAUUUUCUUGUCACCUUGACACAAAUGACACUGUCUUGAGUUAUAUUAGAUUUUGCACUAUGGUUGCUAAUAGUACAGAAACACCAUUAUGUAAUAGUGUUGUGGAAAUGCAGAUACAAAAAAAAAUUACACAAAGACAUGUUCAUUUAUUGAUAUUGUUUUGCUUUUCAUUUUGGAUUUUUGGUUUUUGAUUUUAUUCAUGUUUGAUAUCUUUCAACUUUGCUUGGUAUAAAUUCUGACUUAUUUGCUCAUUUUAUUCUGCUGUUGAAUAAUAUUUUUGUAAUUUAAGUAAUAUCCUGUCGCUACAAAAUAUUAGUUAUUGGGGAGAAAAAUGAAAAAUGAAAUGUAACUUUAUUUUUGCAAAGAAAGAAAUGUUUUACCUUGGAUGCCUGUCCGUAUUGGCUGUGUCUUAUACAAAAUGCUGCAGGUCACAUUUGUACAUAGAAUAUCUAUGCUUUAUAAUCACUAUUUUAGAUGUUUCAAUUUUUGAGACAUUUUUAUCUUGUAUUUUUCAUUACAAAUAUAGUUCCUUUCUGAACGUUGACCUUUCCAUUUUGAUAUAUAAAAUCUAAACUAUACCUCUCGUUCACAGAAAAAAAGUCUUAUUUUCUUCAAGAUUGCAUCUUGAUUAUGAAAUUGUUAUAAUAGUAUUUUUUUUAUCCAAGUUGUGAUUUAGAAAGGUUGUUCGAGAAACUGAGUAUCAAACUGAUUUCUGAAUUUGCAGAAGUACUUAAAGUGUCUUCCUCGGUCUUUACAAGGCAGCAUCAGAGUUAUUUCCCUUUAAUAAGAAAAAGCUAUCUUUUCAUAUAGGGAGGUUGUUGAUCAGUACGAAACAAACAUUUUAUAUCCAUUGUACAUAUUUUGUAUAUAUUUAUAAAAAAUUGAUGAUGUCUUUAUAGUCAUAGUGAAAGUUUAUAUUUGCAUAUUUACAAUUUAUAGCUGCUUGAACAAUGAAAAUCAACCAAGCCAUAGAUAAGAUAUUAUCUUCAGUAAAAAGGAUUGAUUUUAUAUGUGAAGAAAUGAUAUUGAAAAAGUGAUCAGAUCAUUAGUAUGCAAAUAUCUUAUUGGCCUUUUUUCAGCAUUAGAAAUUCAUCACUGAUUCAAGUUGUGUCAAACUUUAAAAGAUUUAUAAAAACAUGUUGUAUGUAAUAUCAAAUUGGCAGUUAACUAAUCAGGAAUGUUUAUAACGAGUGUUUCUGUAUUUUUUUUUCGACAUGAUUAUUUUCAUACAGGAACAUGUGUAUUUUUUUCAGUCUUGGAGAUAUGGAAAGAUCAGCAUGUUAAAUGCUGUGAUAAUGUGCCAUUAAAAUUUCAGAGGUUGAUUCUUUGGUGUUCAGUUUAACAAUAUCCAUAUUGUAAUUUGCAAAAAUUAACACAUUCAUAAUCUGUGAAAAAAAAUGAUUGAGACAGCUAUAUUUGAAAAAAACCCCCAUUAUUUAUAGUAUUUUGCAUAGAAGGUGCUGGCUUGGUUGAUUCGAUGGGCCAUUUGUGUAUAUAUAUAUAUGUUAAUCUAGUCAUUCAUUCCUCAUGUGAUUUGACUGCGGAGGUAUUAAGGCCUAAAUUUGCUGUGGUGUCACCACACUGACUGUAUGCUAACCAUAAAUAUACACCACUGCCCUCACAACAGGUCCAGACUGAAAAAAUCUGAUUUCUGAUUGGUCACAUGUGAUAAGUCAUGAUAAAACUUUUCUUGGCAGGAAUUAUUCUGCAUCUCCUACAAACUAUAUCUUAGUGCCCUCUAGUACCAUCGAAACAAGGAUCUGUUUUCAGUUUGUGUUUAUUGAAUAAAGAGGCAAUUUAGAACAUUGAAAGUGAGCCCUGAGUUUGUAUAUGUCAUACACAUCCAACCUUAAGAUUUCCUGUUUUGGAUGGAGAUACACAUGGUCACUGCAUAUGAAUUCCAAAGUUAAAAGAUGAAAAAUGUUUAAAUCCUGCUUGAUGUGCAAAGGUGAUAAAAAUCCUGCUCACUUGUCAGUAUUUAACACAAGAGGUGUAAAAAUUUCUACUGUACUUUGUUGCAGGCAGUGGUGUAAAUAUGGAUCAAAGUAAUUGUUCAGUGUUGGAAGCCACACACUACGUAUAUGUCUCAUUUCAUGUUUUUCACACUAAUCUAGUUGCAGUAUCAUUUUAUGAAGAGUUAUCUCCCUUCUUGAAUCUGUUUGAAAUUAUGGUUUGCAGCUAGGUUAUCAUUAUGAAUACAAUAGAACAAUGCUUCGAAUACAGGAUGAUAGGUUAGAAAUUAGAAAUAAUGAUCAUUUGUAUAUAAUUGAUCACUUCAUACAACUUCUUGAAAUGUUGCUCAGGAUUCACAAAGUUAAACACAGUCCAGAUAUCUACAUUGAAAUAAAAAUAUGUCCUCAUUUCAGGAAAAAUGUGAGUACUGAAAGGUGGCAUAAACUAUGCAUUAUGUAGUUAAUUUUUUUCCAAGGACAGAUAACUCUUCCAGGAAAUGCUAUUCAACUGUCAGAGUAAAAACGUUCUAAAGGAAUUUAUGUAUUUAUUUAAAAGUUUUCUACUUUCAUUUUAAUGAAUGUUUGGAUUUCUAGUUACUAUUAUAAGUUAAUUAGAAAGUCUUAAUAACUUUAAGAAAAUGUUGUGAUUCAUCAUCAAAUCUCAUUUUUUUUUUCGAAAUUAAAAAUUAUACUUAAUUUAUGAUAAAUGUUUACCAUAUGUAAAAGUAACAACCUGUAGCUAUUCCAGUAAAAUAUCUAACCAAUAUGGGGAUCAAAAAAUGUAUGCAUGAUGGAGUAUUGAAAAUUUGCAGUGAACUAUAUUGUUUUGUUUGAAGUAAUUUUUUUUUUGUGAAAUCUAUUCAACAGACCUGGAAUUCACUGUUUUGGUAAAUAUUUUACUGAAGUAGCCCUUUUUUCAUACAACAUGCAUGGUGUUGACAAGAGAUGUAGUCUAUUUAUGCUUUUACUUCAUAUUAGAAAAAUGUAUUUUUCAUAUUUGCAAUUUUUUUUCAAAUUUCAAUUAAUGUUUUAUGAUUUCUACCAAGAACUUUAUUAGAAUAUAAGACUUUUAUGGUAGUUUGUGAAUAUUGGUAUUAGAUUUGGUCCAUUGUAGACACAUAUUAAUUUUCUUUGAUCUUUUUAUAUUAUUUGUUUACAAAAUUAAAUAUUGUGUAAGAAAUUAUUAAAAUG